AUGGCAGAACUUCUUCGAUAUACCCAGGAAUGGCACCAACAGCAACAGGAUAUCCACCCCAGUGACUACAUCGAAGAGACUGCCGAGCAUAAUGAGAUUGCCGAGCUCUCCUCAAGCUUACUGGCUCUCUUUAAAGAAAUCGUUCUCGCAUUAUCGAACCACGCCAGGAUCCCUGGGGACGCUCGGAUAAAUAUUGAACGCAGUUGCAGUGCUCUGAUUCUGUGGUCGGAUGGCUUUGGAAUCACCCAGGGCCGUCUGAAUGAGACGUUCAACAAGUCACGCAAACUCCGUUAUACAACUCUCAAGAAUUUAUUGCAUAUUGGACGUGUACUUACCGAACGCUUAGUACCUGCGGUGAAUAUCUCGUCGGAGAAAAUAAAAGUAUUGUGUUCCAACGUUGAGUUAAAUAUUGAAGCAGCAGCGGGUCUCAUAGCUGAAGAAUCCUGUCGACAAAGUGAUGAUUCUUCCAGUGAUGCAGCCUCUAACUUCUCAGACGAUGAUAUUUAUGAGAUUGCAGAGGACCUCAAGACCGAUACUCUCGUUCUAUCCGGCCUGGACCCUUUGUUGAAGCACCCGAUAUUCGACGCUCAGCAUGAACAUAUCAUCGAAAGCCAUGCUCUCUCUACCUGGGGUCCUGAAAAGAGCUAUUCCGAUAAGAUUGGGAACAGAUUCCCUCGCGCAGAUGUUUCUCUUACUCUAUAUCUCGGUAGAGCUAACUAUGAACGCUUUCUGCGGUGCCAAGAAGCAAGAGAAUAUCAGGAAGAAGAAGAGCCCCUGCCUAUUGUCAAUCAAGAAGCGGGAACCCAUGCAGGGACAAUAAUCACCAACACCAAAUUCCAUGAUUCCGGCGUCGGCACAUCCAUAGCAUUAACUAUGUCCUACGCAGAAACCACAAUGAGUUACAAUCACGACGGCCAGUCUGUACGCAUUCCACCACUCCCGAAAGAAGCCAAGGCAGGCUCGCCUUUUAUUUGCAUUGCCUGUGGUCGUACGGUAAUUAUUACCAACAACUCUGCGUGGAAACAGCAUAUAUACCUUGACCUUCAACCGUACAUGUGUUUAGAUCUAUCAUGUCCCUAUAGCAGCAGUACCUUUGAAAGUCGCGAUAAGUGGAUUGCUCACCUAGCGCUGGACCACGAGAUGGAGCCUAAAUGGGCAUCUGCGGAGUGUCCUCUUUGUAGAGAAGAAACAGGCAACGGAAAGAUUGCCAUUACCAAGCAUCAUUCUAAACAUCUUGAAGAGGUAUCGCUAUCAGCUCUACCUGUUGAAGUCGACUCGGACGCAGAGUCCGAGAAUAGCCCCGAGUCCAGCGAUGCCAAUUACUCUCUCGAUGAGGGAGCCUAUGUGGACAAACUCAAGACCGGAAGGAAUCAAACGGCCCAAUCUGAGGCAAAAGGAGGGGCGUUGCAAAAAGCUUCUAAGAUUCUAACUGCUUCAGAGGCAGAGAAUGUGGCUGCACAAUUAAAGAAGACUCAACAGAAUAUUGAAGAAAUGGUCAGGAAAAAAGAAGGGACUUCUAAAAUGGCAAAAUUAUUAUCUCCGAUCAAGUUUACAGAUGCCGUUGGUCGAAGGUUUAACUUUCCCGUUCAUUUAUGCUAUACCUGGCAGGAAAUGGAUCAUCUGAUAAAGCAGGCAUUCUCACAGGUUGACAUUCUGGGACCCCGCGUCCAAGCGGGCCAUUAUGAUUUAACUGGACCUGAUGGAAACAUUAUUCUUCCUUCUGUGUGGGAGGAGACGGUUGAGCCAGGUCUGCAUAUUACGAUGACCAUGUGGCUAGUCGAUAAAGGACUAUUGGCAAGCAUCGGACUGAAAGAGUCUGAACAGUCCCCUGACGAAGGUAAUAGCGAGAAGGAUAACUCAUUCCAGAAUAACACCCCUUCAAAGCGACAACAAGGAGUUCAACAUUCGGAGGAUGUCCAAGCUGCUCGAAUAAUUCGAAUGAGCGGCCAAAACUUCUUCAACACGGUAAAGACAUAUUUCAAGGACCAACCCGAUAAAUUCACCAGAUUUCGUGUCAUUUUGGCUGAUAUAACAACAACUGAAUGGGUCCCUGAAGCAUGGCAACGGUCAUGCUUCGAAUGCAGGGUGGCAGAGGCCGAAUGUGACGCCAAAUCUCCUGAUCCAUGUACAAGAUGCCGCCUCAAGAAACUUUCUUGUGCUGUUCAAUUUGCUACGGUAUCUCGGCAACAUACAUUCGUCAAUGGUGACCAAAUACGCCAAGGUAUUACCAACAUUGGCCGGCUAUGUGAUGGGUAUCCUUCUUUUAUGCACGAGCUCAACAGCGUAAUGCCGACCGGCUAUCAGGUCGAGGUUCUUGAUGCGUUAACAGUGCGGCUGUUUGAGCCUCAUAAUAAGCAAUCUACUAUCCAAAUUGGCAUAUCAGAACCUGCUAUCAUGGGCCUUAAUACUCAGGAUGGUCUGGAUACGGAACCCAACCAGCAGGGCAAGAGUAUGUCGGAAGCUCUCAGUCGGCCUACGCUUGCAGAUCGGAACAGCUCUGAAGAUGCCAUGAUGGAACAAGAGGAAUCAUGUAGCCAGCAAUCCUUCCAACAACAUAGAGAGAAUAUGAUGAGUGCUGACCUGACGUCUAUAUCAGCUCACUAUUUUAAUGAACCUCAAGCCCAAAUGGGCGCUCCACCGUCGCAAACGAGCGGCAUCCCACAAGCUCAGUUGCAGGCUUUGCAAGCAAUGCAAGCCUCAUCGCCCGCUAUGCGAAACGGAGUCCCCUCUACUAUCGGUGUACAGAUUAGCUCUUUGGAAGAGCAAUUUAGGAGUAAGGACUCUAAUCUUUCGCCUGAACAGCUUCGCCGCCUUGCUAUCGAGCAUUUAACUAGAGCCAUGAUGGCAAAGCAGCAAAGCGCUAUGAAUGCCGCUGCCGGUGGACAGAUUGGCCUUGAUAAAAAUAACACACCAAAGCUGGCUUAUGCUGAGCUCAACAAGACCGUCGAGAGUUAUGUGGAUAAGGUUGAGCAACGUUUCAUUGGCAGCCCUCGCAUAUCCGGCCAACUUCUCGAAGUUCUUCUAGAUGCCCAGAAUGGCACUCGUUCCACAGAAAACGCUUACAUGGUGGCCAAAGAACUGUUUGGCAUGAACUCGGAUCUGUUGGAUGAGUUCCAAAAGGAGCUUACCAAGCUUAAUGUAGACCUCCUACAAAGACGCCAAAGCGAACUAAAUGAUAUCUCUGAAGCCCCCGAUGAAGCUUCCAUAACAGUUAUAGAUGACAGCAACCAAGAUGGAGAGGUGAGGGUAGUGGUGGGGAACAAAGGCGAUUCAAACAACCCAGAUGAACCGCAGUCCUGCCUCUGCAACAGAGGAAGCGUUGGUAUCAUGAUCCGAUGCGAUAAUGUUGACGGCUGCAAAUAUAAAUGGUUCCAUUUGGAAUGUGUAGGCCUUACUGUUGCUCCCUCAUCAAAGGAGAAAUGGUAUUGUCCUGAUUGUCGUGGCCAUGUCAAUAUCGAAGAGAAGACGGAUAUUGAUCUACAAGUGCUUCCACCCGAUCCAACAAACCCCAAAGUUGCAAUGGACACUGAACCGUCAACCGGAGAAGGCAGUACAGAUAUUCUCUUCGGUACACAAGCCAAUCUUGAUUAUUUAGAGGGGCUUGCCAAGUUUCACAAGCAGCAAGGGAAUAACUUGAAUCGUUUGCCAUAUGUCGAUAAAAAGCCCGUCGACGUUUAUCGCCUAAAGAAUCUAGUUGAAUCCAGAGGCGGAUUUGACAAGGUGUGCAAGUCGAAGGAGUGGGCCGAGAUUGCGAAAGAUCUCGGCUACAGCGGCAGGAUCAUGUCGUCCUUGUCUACGUCGCUCAAGAAUUCGUUCUUGCAAUGGCUCUCCCCGUACGAAGAGUAUCUGCGUGCGGCAAAGCCUGGAGAUGAUCACCAGCUUGAAGAAGAGCGUGUCAACCCUAGAAACAAAGGGAAGGAAAUACCAUCAAUUGGUUGGAUCAACUAUGACUCUCCUAAUCCAGACAUUUACAUUUGGCCACCCGAACCGGAUGUUUCUGGUGAGGAUGAAAGCGAACUAGCCGGGUCUUCGAGCGCUCCACCACCUCUGCCGCCUCCAGUCAUGGAAGCAACUAACCCUUUCACCGAUCGUGUGAAAAGCAGCAAUGAUCCUGAAUUGUCAUCACCCUCCAGCGAUAGGCGGGGGUUAUUUGACGGGGAAUAUACCGGUCAUGAGCCAUUUCUGGCUCGUCCCAGACCCGACACCUAUACCAAGCAAUUGCCACCUAUCUCCGGUGUUUCGGAGGCUAGCAAUUCGGCCGAGGGUGACAGUUCCGAGAAAUUCGUCCUUUCACCAAACCCGUUCCUUAGCUCAUUUGGCUCAGGGGACGCAACCCUGCCAUGUGAGGCAGAACCUCAGGAACAGCAAAUCUGCCUCCAAAGAUUUAAAUCCAACAAGCAGCGAAAUAGACACUACUGGGCAUUUCACAAUGACUAUGCAAAGCAGCGAGGUAUUCAAGACCCAAUUGAGUGUACAAUCUGUGGCUCGAUAUUUAUUAGGCGAGAAUAUCUCAAAAGACACAUUAAAGAUCGCCAUUUCAUUCAUGAGGAGCAUGGAACGGUCGGCCAAGAUGCAGUGCGAGCGUCCAGCGAAGAACUGACAGACCUCGAUGACAAGGACUUUACGGAUCUGGGGCCCGAUGCUGUUAAUGCCGUGGCAGCAGAGGCUCGUGGCUUACCCGAUGAAAGGGAUCGAGAGUUCUUCCAUGCCAAAGUAGGAGCGCAGGUUGCCCAGGAAUCCGCCAUGCAAGACAAAAACGUUUCACCAAAUGACGAGUACAUGCAGGCACAAGCGCAAGCGCAAGCCCUGUAUCAUGGUCAACCCUCGGCAGCUCACAAUGAUGAUUUCAUCAUCAAAGCUCCUUCAGUCUCUUCUCAGAUUGCAUUUUUGGAAAAUGGCUUGAGUCCGAAAAUCUGGACCGGCACGCAUUUUCUUCCGAGAUUUAUACGGGCAGCAGAAGUGCCCGGCGAAGGCAUGUGCUAUUUCUACGACGACGGAAGUCACUGUAAAACGGUUAUUGAUGGCGAGGUUGUAAACGCCCACUGGGGCGUGACAAAAGAGGGCAAGCCUCGCAAGCGGCUGGCCAUUGCAUGCAUAACUUGCAGAGAGAAGAAGACUAAGUGUGAUCCAGACUAUCCACGAUGCGUCCAAUGCGAGAAAUAUGGCCGUGUUUGUAAGUUUAAAAAUGCACCUAAAGGGGGCAAUAUCCCUUUGCCAUCGACGUCUUCGAUCGAGCUCGAUGAUGGCGGCGACCUACGGCGUUCAAUUAGCGAUGUAAGGUCUCCCGGAUCCCCAUCAUCCCGAGCCGGAAUGCAGCCUGUCAUUAAGAUUCCUGGUACCCUGAUCGAGUACGACGGAAGCGAUUUUCAUGUCACCGUCAGCACCAACUCCGCAGUCGGAGCCGGACCUGGCUCAGGAAUGCCCGGCGGUGACAAGGAAAGCACCGUCUACCAGGCACAAGCUCAGGCUCAGGAUCAGGCACGAGGACCUCAGCAAGCAGAUGACGAUUCUACCCUACAAGGGGAAAUACAGGCCCGUGGUCGCCGCAUUAUCUGGGAUCGCCUGAUGGAAGUUGCAGCAGAACAAUUUAGCGAUCCUGAGAACGUACCAUAG